GCUCGCUCUCGCAUUACAGAACAGAACAUAAACUUACACACUUUAUAACUAAACUAAGUCGUCUGUCCGGUGAAUGGAGACGAUCAUCACACCUGAACCCAACCGGAUGGCGGAGGCCGUGGCGAAGGUGGCCAGGAGGGUCAACGCCACCAUGGAGGAGGGCAGAGACUCGCUGGAUCUGUCCGACUGUGGUCUUGUUAGUUUCCCUGACGGCGUCUUCAGGAUGAUGCGCAGCUGCACACACACCAUACACACCAUCUCUCUGGCCAACAACCACAUCAAAGCCUUGAGCAGCAAGUUCUUCCUCACCUUUACACAGUUACGAGAGCUGGACCUGCAGGGAAACGUCCUCACGAAGCUGCCAGAGGCCGUCGGAGGCAUGGAGCACUUGGUCAACAUCAACCUCUCCAAAAACAAGCUGACGGUUUUCCCCGAGCGCCUGGUGGAAGCGAGAAGCCUCGAGCACAUCAGCGUGGAGGGGAACAGCAUCACAGGUGCCAAUCACAUCAAUCAUGUGCAGUCCUAA